AUGGUGCUUACAAGCGUGGGAAAGAUGGUUGAGCUCCAGAAGAAGACUUCUGGCAUCAGAAAUAUCUGUGUAUUAGCCCACGUGGAUCAUGGCAAAACUACUCUAGCUGAUUGUCUAAUAUCCAGCAAUGGAAUAAUCUCUAGCCGCUUGGCAGGAAAGCUGAGAUACCUGGACAGUAGAGAAGAUGAACAGGUCCGAGGAAUAACAAUGAAGUCUAGUGCAAUUUCAUUGCAUUUUGUGAAAGGUGAUCAAGAGUAUCUGAUUAAUUUAAUAGACUCCCCAGGGCAUGUGGAUUUUUCUUCAGAAGUAUCUACUGCUGUCCGACUCUGUGAUGGUUGCAUCAUAGUGGUGGAUGCUGUUGAAGGAGUCUGUCCACAGACUCAAGCAGUUCUACGGCAAGCAUGGCUAGAAAACAUACGUCCAGUGCUGGUGAUCAAUAAAAUCGAUCGCUUGAUUGUGGAACUCAAGCUGACCCCACAGGAAGCAUACUUGCACCUUAAGAAUAUCUUAGAGCAGAUCAAUGCAGUCACUGGAACACUCUUUACCUCCAAAGUCUUAGAAGAAAGAGCUGAGAAAGGAACAGAAAGUGAAAGUAUUUCAGAGACCACACCAGGAGCAGAGCAAAUUUAUGACUGGAGCGCUGGCUUGGAAGAUACUGAUGAUUCACAUCUUUAUUUUUCACCAGACCAUGGAAAUGUGGUGUUUGCCAGUGCAAUUGAUGGCUGGGGCUUUGGCAUUGAGCAUUUUGCCCAACUGUACAGCCAAAGGAUUGGAAUCAGGCCUGAAGUACUUUUGAAGACCUUAUGGGGAGAUUAUUAUUUAAAUACAAAAGCAAAGAGGAUAAUGAAAGGUGAUCAGUCAAAAGGAAAGAAACCUUUGUUUGUGCAGUUGGUGCUGGACAACAUAUGGAGUCUGUAUGAAGCUGUUAUGAAAAGAGACAAAGAAAAAAUUGAAAAGAUUGUCACCUCUUUGGGACUGAAAAUUGGUGCACGGGAGUCACGGCAUGCAGACCCUAAAGUUCAGCUUAAUGCUAUUUGUAGUCAGUGGCUACCAAUAUCUGAUGCAGUUCUCUCCAUGGUGUGUAAUAAACUUCCCAGUCCUCUUGACAUCACUGCAGAGAGAGUGGAAAAGCUGAUGUGUGUUGGAGCUAGAACAUUUGAUUCUUUGCCACCAGAAACUCAGGAACUAAAAAGUGCUUUUAUGAAAUGCAGUAGUGAAGGAAAAGCCCCUGUUAUUGUCUUUGUUUCCAAAAUGUUUGCUGUUGAUGCAAAGGCACUACCACACAAUAAACCAAGGCCUUUAACUCCAGAAGAAAUAGCUCAUCGGCGUGAGCUUGCAAAACAAAGGCAUGCAGAAAAAUUGGCAGCAAAUCAAGGAAAGGAGAUGGCAGAAAAGCCCCAAAGUGAAAAUUCAUCUGAAGUGACUGGGACCACUGGUGAUACAAAAGGUGAGGAGCAACAGCCUACUGGUCAAGCAGAGAUCAUGACCUCAAAGGCAAUGAAACAGGAAGCAGAGAACAAGGAGUCUUUCAUUGCUUUUGCUAGAGUGUUCAGUGGUGUGGUGCGAAGAGGGCAAAAGAUAUUUGUUUUAGGACCAAAAUAUGAUCCUGCUGAGUCUUUGCAUAAGGUAAGAGGUCUGUCAUCACAAUGCUCCCCUACAAAUGAUCUGCCAUUAAUACCUCAUAUGACUUGCUGUACAUUAGAGAAUCUCUACUUGCUUAUGGGAAGAGAACUUGAAGAUCUUGAAGAAGUACCUGCAGGAAAUGUUUUAGGAAUAGGAGGCCUGCAAGAUGUUGUGCUGAAGUCUGCCACGCUGUCGACGUCACCUGCAUGUCCUCCAUUUACACCUCUCAACUUCGAGGCCACGCCGAUCGUGCGGGUAGCUGUUGAGCCCAAACAUCCGAGUGAUAUGCCUCAGCUGGUUAGAGGAAUGAAGCUUUUAAACCAAGCUGAUCCCUGUGUCCAAGUUUUAAUCCAGGAGACGGGAGAGCAUGUGCUAGUGACAGCGGGAGAAGUUCAUCUUCAGCGUUGCUUGGAUGACCUGAAACAAAGGUUUGCAAAGGUAGAGAUUAGUGUAUCAGCACCUAUCAUACCAUUCCGAGAGACGAUAACAAGACCUCCAAAAGUCGAUAUGGUGAAUGAAGAAAUAGGAAAACAGCAGAAAGUUGCUGUCAUACACCAAACAAAAGAGGACCAAAAUAAAAUUCCUGAAGGAGUUCAGGUUGAUCCAGAUGGGCUUAUUACAAUGUCUACUCCAAACAAACAAGCUACUCUCAGUGUAAGAGCAGUGCCACUUCCUGAAGAGGUGACUCGACUUCUUGAAGAAAACAGUGACUUAAUUCGAACUAUGGAGCAGCUCAACACAUCUCUGAAUGAAGAUAAAAAAAGUCAUGAGAUAAAUCAGAAGACUCUUGACAGGAUCAAGGAAUUCAAACAAAAGUUGGAGCAAAAUCUGCAGGGAAGAAAGUGGAGAAAUGCUGUUGAUCAGAUCUGGUCAUUUGGGCCGAGGAAGUGUGGGCCUAAUAUUUUGUUGUAUAAUUUUGAGGGCUAUAAAAGGUCUGUGUGGCAGUGCCUUGGCAACGCUGAGAAAGAAGUAAGUAAAUACAGAGACUUUGACAACAGCAUAGUAAGUGGAUUUCAGUUGGCUACGCUUUCAGGUCCCAUGUGUGAAGAACCCCUCAUGGGUGUUUGUUUUACAGUGGAAAAAUGGGAAAUACAUAAAGCUGGAGAGAUGCUGUCAACUAGUGGUCAGGAUUCAGGGGAAGUUUGCAGCUUGAAUGAACACCAGGAGAGCAGUCAAAGUGUUACAAAAUCACCUGAGAAAGUUAGUAAACAAAAGGGGGAAGUUUUACUUGCAGAUUGUUAUGGUCCCUUCUCUGGGCAACUGAUUGCCACCAUGAAGGAAGCUUGUCGUUAUGCUUUGCAAGCAAAACCACAGAGGCUAAUGGCAGCAAUGUACACCUGUGAAAUCAUGGCUACUGCAGAAGUUUUAGGUCGUGUGUAUGCUGUCUUGUCCAAAAGAGAAGGCAGAGUGUUACAGGAGGAGAUGAAAGAGGGGACAGAUGUGUUUAUUAUUAAGGCAGUCCUGCCAGUAGCAGAAAGUUUUGGCUUUGCUGAUGAAAUCAGGAAGAGAACUAGUGGCCUGGCCAGUCCACAGCUGGUGUUCAGCCACUGGGAGAUCAUUUCAAGUGAUCCAUUCUGGGUACCAACCACCGAAGAAGAAUAUUUGCACUUUGGGGAAAAGGCAGACUCGGAGAACCAGGCCCGCAAGUACAUGAAUGCAGUAAGAAAGCGAAAGGGACUUUAUGUAGAAGAAAAAAUUGUGGAGCAUGCUGAGAAGCAAAGAACUCUCAGUAGAAAUAAGUAG